AUGAAGUGGCCUCAGAGUAAAACUCUUCUAAUUUUAUUAUUAUUAGUACUUUAAUAUUUAUUUGGAUUUAUAAAAUUAUAUCUUCCACUUGGAUUUAGUAAUGUUUAUUAUUUCAAAAUAUUUGCUUUCCUCCUCUCUCUCUCUCUACACACACACACAAUUUUUCUUCAAUAAUUUGAAAGUUGUAGACUUUGAGGUAUUUCCUCCCCAAAGACAUCACAACAAGUAUCGAAAGUAUGGGAAAUUUCUCUACUUGAUUAUAACUCCAUUAACAGGAAGGAAAAUUUAAAAAUCUGGUACAGCCAAAUAUCAGGCCAUACUCAUAUGUCCCCAUUUGUUCUUUAGGUGUUGAGCUAUACUGAACAAGAUCCAGUGAACGAAAUUUGAAUUUUGGACAUCUUUAGAGUCCUUUUUGUUUGUUUUGCUAUGCAGAGUGUACAGUGAGAGAGAGAGAGAAAGGUCUUCCUUUUCUGUUGGUUCACCCCUCAAUGACCACUGCGGCCUGCACACUGCCCUGAUCCGAAGCCAGGAGCCAGGUGCUUCUCCUGGUCUCCCAUGCAGGUGCAGGGCCCAAGCACUUGGGCCAUCCUCCACUGCACUCCUGGGCCACAGCAGAGAGCUGGACUGGAAGAGGAGCAACCAGGACAGAAUCCGGCACCCCGACCGGGACUAGAACCCGGAGUGCCGGCGACGCAGGCAGAGGAUUAGCCGAUUAAGCCGUGGCACCAGCCUUUAGGGUCUUUUAAAAUUAUUUUUAUAUUUUACUUAUUUAUUUGAGAGGCAGGAAGGAGAGGGGGAAAGAGAGAGUUAGAGAGAGAAGCAGAGAGAGAGAGAGAGAGAGAGAGAGAGAGAAAGAGAGAGAGAAAGAGAGAGAGAGACUUCCAUUAGCUGCUUCAUUCCCAAAAUGCCUACAAAAACCAGGGCUGGGUAGGACUGUGUAGGGCUGAAGGUGGGAGACAAGUACUCAACUCCAGGUUUCCAUGUGGAUGGCAGGGACCCAACUAAUUUAGCCAUCACCUGCUGCCUCCCAGACUGUAUAGUCAUAGGAAGCCAGAAUUGGGAGUACAGCCAGGACUCAAACCUAGGCAUCCUGAUAUGAGAUGAAGGAGUCUCAACCUGUGUCUUAACUACCAGGUCAAAUGCUCACCCCUUUAGGUUCUUUUCAUCUAAAGUUUAUUUAUUUAUUUUUUGUGAGUGUGAGACAUACUGCACUAUGGAAUUGUAAUUCUUAUUAUUCACUUGAUUUUAAAUACUUCUUUUAAUCAGUGAAGGUAUAUCCCAUAACACCUUAACUGUCAUAUUUUUGUUAUGUUUCUUUACAUUUGAAAGCUUCCAUUGAACUCACUAAAGUAAUCAAUUCACAUUUAUACAUAUUUAUAGAAAUUUUGAGAAAAAAAUUCCUUUUCUUCCUUUUAAACAAUAUAAUCUGCUGGCUACCUUUUUCAUUUGAUUGUUUGAGGAGUUCUGUUGACUUGCAGUAAUGAGCACUUAAAUUAAUGAUCAGAUUAAUUGCAUGACCACAUUACAAAUCUGUACUAUAGACAUCCAUGCACAAACUCAACUAUAACCAUAAUAGUCUGAGAAUCAGGGUCUGAGGAAGUUCCCAGUGUAACAUUUUUCUGGAGUGGACACAUUAAUCUGAAUAAUUAUGAGCUAUAUAAUACAUAUGGUUUUCAGAGUUGCCAAAUUACAACUCAGAAGUAAACCUGAUUGAAAACAUUUGUUCUCAUAUAUCCACGUGAAGCUGGCCAUUCUCCAGAUUGGGACAUAAAGGAAAUGGCUUUUAAUCGACUGGAACAAGGAUAUCUUGCAUAGGAGCUCAUGGGUACCAGAAGGGCAGUGAGCAUAUUGCGGAAGUAGAAGUCUGACUCAUAUGUAAUACAGGACAGUGUUUAGGGUUUCAUACAGUGCCUUCUUGGAUGCUUCCUUAAUCAUUAUUCAGUUUUUCUCUUACCUGAUAUUUGUGUUCCUACACUGCCUCUUGUGCUAUCACAUUGUCACUAAACAUCAGGGAAGCUCCAUCUCAGAGAGCUUGGCAAUGCAAGUGUAUACACUGAUUUUCAUUAAGAAGAUCUGCUGACUUUUUGGAUCAUCCUUUUUUUUUUUUUAUUCACCACCAUGUUGAAGUAGCAACCCUGAACUAUCACUCCUGCUGUUAGCUUCCUUUUGUGCCCUAAACUACUUGUGUUACUUGUUAUUCCUGUAGUCACCUUCACUAACAUUGACAUUUAAUUUUCUUACUAGAUACGGUAGAAAUAAAUACACAUGCUUGCCCAAAUAAGUGGGUUCUUGAGACGUAUCAGAAGAAAUCUUUGUGUGGAGGUUUACCUUUGAAAGUUUAACACUACAUUUGAAGCUGUAGGCCCCCAACAGGGAAAAAGUUGAAAAAAGCACCUUCACCUGUCCAUCUGAACAAGCUGGCCUGCUACAAGGAAAGAGGCAACAUCUGUAGCAAACCCCAAUUUUUCCAGGAAGAGUCUCUUCCCCAUGGUGGAAAUCUCUUUGAAGCAAUGCCAAGCCCUACCCACGACAGCUGUGCUGCCUAUACAUUCCCGUUAUGUUGUCAGUACCCCUCCCUCAGAUUCCCUUAUAAAAGCCCAGUCUUCCUUUGCCUGACAAACCAUCACAGAUCCCUGCACGACAGGUAAGGGGGAGCUGAGAGAGGAUCACUGCCCUGGCAGGGGCUUUGCCCGACACCUACCAUGAGAGGUAUAGGAGGGUACCUGCCCUUGGAAAACAUAAGGUUUCUGAGACUAAGCUAAUACUACCCUGGGAGGUCUCAGGGGUGACAGGGUGCACAGAUUCUUCAGUUGCUUGCACAAUUACAGAAGGGGAUAGAUGUGACCAAGACUAAUGGACUGAUGCUUUCCUGGGGUACUAGACAAAAGAAAAGAGGCAGUGAGUUCUCUGCAUUUCUGCCCGCAACUACCCUUCCUUAGGUGAAUUCUGAUUAUUUCCUCAAGUCUUAAGACCAUUCUGCUUCCCAUGGCCCUCCCAAGAACGUCCUGGAUGUUGCUCUCCUGCCUGAUGCUACUGUCUCAUGUCCAAGGUGAAGAUGUUCAACAGGAUGUGGCCUCUCCAAGGAUCAACUGUCCCCCGGGCAGUAAGGCCUAUGGUUACCACUGCUAUGCCGUCUUUGUUACUCCAAAAUCCUGGAUGGAUGCAGAUCUGGCCUGCCAGAAGAGGCCCUUGGGUAGCCUCGUGUCUAUUCACAGCGCGGCCGAGGCAUCCUUCGUGUCCUCCCUGAUCCGGAGAACUGGGAACUCCCAAAGAAACAUCUGGAUGGGGCUCCACGACCCCACACAGGGCACUGAGUCCAGUGGAGAAGGAUGGGAGUGGAGUAGUAACGAUUUGGUGCAUUACACUGCCUGGGAGAGAAACCCUUCCACUGCCACGGAUCGAGGUUACUGUGGAAGCCUGACGUAUGCCUCAAGUAAGAAACAGAGCAGUCGCCUCUGCUCAAACUUUCCACCCUUCAUCCCCCAUUCCAAGGCCUAGCCUUCGUGGAACCAUCCUGAGCUGCCAAUGCAAUGUUGGUUUGUCUUCCCCCACUCUUUCUUUGAAUCACUUUCUCCUUGAGUAGUACACUAGCAAGGAUGAAGGAGAUGCUUUAUAACCUAGAUCAGAAUCUGGGAUGCUCACUCAUUUUGUUCAUAGCUUCCUUAGCCAUAUUCACUUUGUUUCUUUUGUUUCUCCAGAAUUUCUUAGGUGGCGAGAUUUUAACUGUGAUUUGCAGCUUCCCUAUGUCUGCAAGUUCAGGUACUAAUCAGGUGGGAAGUCUGUGGAACCUUGUUGAAGAUGAACGGAAGAGGAGUCUAUUCUCCCAACAUCCUCCAUACCUGAGCAAUUCAUUCUUUUCUCCUCUUUUUUUCAUCUUAUCUCCUCUUCUCUCCUCCUCACUCUUUUCAGGUACUUCUAUGCAUUCCAUGGCCUGAGUUUUGGAGAGCAAUAAAAUUUUUAGUUUGCACUUGAA